AGGAAGUGAAAUCGCUGUUGGAGAGGCUUCUGACGUCAAAUAUUCUCCUUUAAUUACUAGUAUUUUGGAUACCAUAGUGGCUUUAACUUAUCAAUUAUUAUGGGUCUAUCCGAUAUUUGUACUAAGUUUCGUACUGAAUGCUAUAUGGUAUCAAGAAAUAGCUGAUCGAGCUUAUAGAAUGUAUCAUGGUCGUCCACCUAUAAAUUCUCAUCGAACAUAUCCUAG